AUGAGGGACGACAGGCCGAGGAACAGCCAGCAACAACAAGAUUGUUCUUUUUACGCCAGCAACAGCCAAGGGUUACAACUCAAUAUCAAAUCUCAAUCCUCAUUCUGUAAAAAAUGCUUCUACUUGAAGCCCCCAAUUAGCCAGCAGAAGCGCUACCUUGAGAUGAGAAAGAAUGGCAGGAUGGAGAAAGCUUGCAGGUCCAUUCCUGAGAUCAGCUUGAAAGUUGACCGCCUCGCCAUCAGGGUAUGUAUGCUUUUCUCUAUGAUCUUCUCCCAUAGUUUGUAG